GAGGAGGCUCCCAGGGCUCCUUAGGCGCACUCAAGGCUAAGGACCCGGUAAUCAACCCUCAGCCUCGUACCUGAUCUUUGUUCUCCGCACACCCAUUCAUUCAUUCCAUCAACCUGACUACAACGCCCUCCUCAUCCUACCAGUACAGGCUUAAUCAUUAAGCCCUCCGAUGUUGAUCCCUUAGUUCUCAAUCAUGUUUAGCUGACUGAACUGCGCUUGAUUCACUCGCCUCUCAUCAUGUCAGUCGACCCUAGGCUUGCCCGCCGACAGGCACAGACGAGUACACCUCAACCACCACCACCUCCUCCUCCUCAAACACAAUCAGAACCCCCACCAUCAACUUCACCUGUUUCAUUAGAGCCUCCAGUACAAUCACCAAAACCUCAAACCUCGACACCUGUCCCAGUCGACGGAAAUGCCAUUGCCAUUCCGCAAGCAUCCCCCUCUACCUCCACCACCCCAGUGCCUCCAUCCACCGAAUCCGAAUCCUUCAAACUAAAAUUCUGCACCGUAUGCGCUAGUAACAACAAUCGUAGCAUGGAGGCUCAUCUACGGCUAUCCACAUCCUCGCAUGCAUAUCCUGUCAUCUCAUUCGGGACUGGCUCUUACGUACGACUACCCGGCCCUUCGAUCUCUCAACCUCAAGUGUACACGUUCAACAAUACUUCAUACACCAAGAUGCACGACGAGCUCCAAGCACAGGAUGCAAGACUAUACCGUAAUAAUGGGAUCUUGAACAUGCUCGAUCGGAACCGAAACAUCAAGUGGGGUCCUGAGAGGUUUCACGAUUGGAUUGCUGGUGCCGCUCGCAUGGAUGCGUUAAACAGAGGAGACAAAGGUGCGGUAGGCACGGAAGGCGGUGUGGUGGACGUGAUAUUCACGUGUGAAGAACGGUGCUGGGAUGCCGUGGUGGACAAUUUACUGGACCGCGGCGCUCCUUUAAACCGUCCAGUCCACGUCUUCAACGUCGACAUCAAGGAUAACCAUGAAGAAGCUCUGGUUGGGGGAGGAGCCAUUCUCGAGUUGGCUGAUGCUCUCAAUGAGGCGGCGAACCAAGAACGCCUGGCCAAUGGGAGUGCAGGUUGGGAGAAUGGUUCUGGACCAGCCAGGAUGAGCUUUGACGAGCGUGUCCCGGACAUCCUCGCCAGUUGGCAGGAAAGAUGGCCAUCUCUCCCGGCACAGUGGACUUUAUCAUGGCUCUAGCUGUGGUCCGUCGUUCACGGCUUAGGUAGUUGAGUCUCCUUGUGUCAACUUGAUUUGAGCGAUGGCGCUUGGUGGUUUGUAUCAUUUGGGAUUGAUGAUAAAGAAUAACUUCAUUUUCCAUAAAAGAGAAUAGCUC